CCCACUUGCUCCUUUCUCCCACACCAUAUAUAAAUAAAUACUCUCACAUACAGCCAUACCCACACCAAAAAUACCAAAAAAAGACAAGUUUUAUGGCAAUUGCAGCCGCCGCGAGCAGUUCAUCGACGAUGAGCCACGAAGAAAUCAGCAGCAGCGGCAACAAAAACAAUAACAGUAAUAGCCAAUUAGUGGAUAAUAAUGGUGAUGACCACCAACACGACGUCGUUAUGCCCGGCUUCCGCUUCCACCCUACUGAAGAAGAGCUGGUAGAGUUCUACCUUCGCCGUAAGGUCGAGGGCAAGCGCUUUAAUGUCGAACUCAUCACUUUCCUCGAUCUUUAUCGCUAUGAUCCUUGGGAGCUUCCCGCUUUGGCUGCCAUUGGGGAGAAGGAGUGGUUCUUCUACGUCCCCCGCGAUCGCAAGUACCGCAACGGCGAUCGCCCCAACCGCGUUACGACCUCCGGGUAUUGGAAGGCCACGGGUGCCGACCGCAUGAUCCGUACCGAGGACUUCCGCUCCAUCGGUCUCAAGAAAACCCUAGUUUUCUACUCCGGGAAGGCUCCCAAGGGUAUUCGUACUAGCUGGAUUAUGAACGAGUAUCGUCUUCCCCAUCAUGAAACCGAACGAUAUCAAAAGGCAGAGAUUUCGCUAUGUCGGGUUUACAAGAGAGCUGGAGUUGAAGAUCAUCCAUCGCUCCCUCGUUCUCUCCCGUCGAGAGCGUCGUCCUCUAGAAUGACGACGAAGAAUAAUAUUUCUGGUGGUGCGAUUAAUGUCCAAACUUCAUCAUCAUCUACAGACAAAUUUCAAACGAACUUUGAGUCCCAAUACGGCCACCACCCCCUUCAAAUGAGCAGCACCGUCGAAACCGCCGCUGCGGAUGCUUCCGCCACGAGCUCUUGUGAAGAAGUCACCACCGUCCUUGGCCUGUCCAAGCACAACCCUUUCCCCACAACUCCAUUGAUCAACAUGGCAACCACUUCUCUUGGACUUCCAUCUUCUUCUACUACUCCCAAUUCCAUGGAAGAAGACGACCACCAAUCCAUUAUUCUCCAUAAACAACAACCUUCCUCUUCGCUAGUUUUACCCUCUUAUGCCUCCUUCUUCUCUCCUUCUCCCGCUUCGAAUUCUCUCGACGACCUCCAAAAACUCAUCCACUUUCAACAACCUCCACCGCCAUCGGCUUCCGUUGCCAUUGUAAACCCUCCACCGCCGCAAUAUUUCCAACCGCUGCCACCACCACCGCAGCAAUUGAGCCUCAACUCGCUACCGGUUGUAUUCUCCGACCGACUAUGGGAGUGGAAUCCAAUCCCCGACGCCAACUCCUUCAAGUAAAAGAAACUGCACUUUUAGCCAUCCUAACCAAUUGAACUAUAUUCAGGUUGGCAAUAUUUAUACAUUAGUUCAUAUGAUUGAAGAAAUAACGUGCCUUGUUGCUAGGUCAAGCGACUUCAAUUCUCAUCUUUCGUUUUUGUUAGCUGAUGAUCAUGAACAUAUAUAUAUAUAUAUGACUAAUCUGAAAAAGUAUAUAUAUAUAUAUCUAUAUAAUUUAAGUUAGUUUAGUUUGUUCCCUUUCUUCUUGAUUACAAAUAUAAAUAUAUGUAGUAGGGUUUCAUGAGAUUUUAAAAUAAUUACUUAAUUAGGUUUUUAAUAUUGUAAGGAGAUCCAAAGAGGAUCUUGUUGUAGAAAAAUGUUCAGAUCUCUUAAUAUCCAUAAUAAUAGAAUG